CUUAACCGACUUUUAUGAUGGUGGCAAAUGAUGAUGUCACUAGAGAUUACGAGCGGUUGUUAUGAUUGUGGUCGAAGAGAACGAUGUAGGGAUGCCCUUAGACAAAAGCUGAGUGGAGUCCUGAGGAUGGAGUUAAGGAACUUCUACGACUUCUUGUAGGUGAAGGAGAAGAAAAAUGAGGGAGAGCAAUGAUGAGAGAUGAAGUAAAGGAAAAGAAAGAAGAGGACGAUGAUGAUGAUCACACUAACGCAGAUACAGAGCAAUGUUGCUCUGCUCUGCAUUUACAACUUCCUCUCUGUAUCGCUUUAUAUUUGCAUCGACGUUGCAUGCGAUUCAGAGUGGUGCUCAUCCUUCUUUAUUUUUCCAAUCCCUUAUCCUUUUUGUCCCUUUCAUCGUUUUGCAUUUGUAUCGAUCCUCAUCGUCUUGUAUUUUCAUCGACGUCGCUCUAUAUCUACGUUGGCACACUAAUUGUCUUUGUUCAUUUUCUUAUCUCCCUUUGCCUCACAUCAUGUCAUCGUUCUAUCUCCUUUUCCUCCUCUAACGUUGCUUUGUAUAUGUGUCGGUAGAAUGUAAAGCCUUUAUCUCACACCUUUCGUCAUUGUAAUUGCAAAGUGAUACCAAAUGAAUUAUCGGGGAUAUUAAGAUUAUUUUUUUAUCAAUUAUUUUUUAUGUUAUUCUUGUACGUGAUAUAACGUGCUGCAUCUUUUAUUAAUAAAACCAAUAAAAGUUAGAGUAAAUAAAAUUAAAUAUUUUUAUUUUUAUAAUUAUAUAAAUUUUUUAAGUCUACGUAAUCGUAAAAGGUCUAAUUAUAACUCUUCAAUCUUGUGUAUGUUACUGAUUAUGCAUCGAAAAUCGUGUCAAUAAAAAGAAAUAAAUAUCUGUAAAUAAUCUUGACCCUCCAUUUCGAGGGAUUCACUGCUUCGGUCCGGGGCAUUUCCGUCAUAACACUCACCCCGUCCCCAAUUCAAAAUGUUUCGAACGACGCCGAAUCCCCUGGCCCUCUUCAGCUUCACCUCCAUGUCUUUCUCUGAGAUCAAGAACUAGGAAGGACGGAAAACCUAGCACUGGCGCUCAAGAAGAUUGAGUGAAAAAAGAGCCAUUUUUAUCUCCAAAUCCCCCUCUCCUCCUUCCUUUUCUGCCCAUCGAAGUGGCGGCUCACGUCGCUCCAUCGCCUUCCCUUUGGCUGCACUCCGACCCACCCUUGGCCCUUAAAAAGCCAUAACCCUGAUCCCAUUUUACCCCCUCAUCCAACCGUCCCUCGAUAUUUUCCUUCCAUGACCUCUCGGAUCGUCCAGGGCAAGCCUCCAGGCCCGCCUCGGAGCCCUUCCAAUAAGAAGGAGAAUUUGGACGAGGCGCCCCUCGACAAGCGGCAUAGGUUCGGGGUGAUGGGGAAGAUGGUGGGUCCCGCGACCGACCCACGAACGACGCGGUCAGUGCUGUCCUCCGUCAACGGCGGCCCCAAUUCCGGCGACCAGGCGGCUGCUGGCUCGGAUGGUGGGAGCGCCUCUGGGAUUGAGUUCAGUUCUAGGGAGGACGUGGAGAGGCUUCUGGCUGAGAAGAUGAAAGUCAAGACUAAGAAUGACUUUAAGAGUGAACAGAUGAUAGAAUACAUUAAGAAGUUUCGGAUUUGCAUUAGAUGGUAUAUGGAACUGGAAGAUGGCUACUUGGCAGAGCAGGGGAAGCUUCGAAAUAUGUUGGAAUCUGAAGAGAAAAGGCACAGAGAAAUUGAGUUUUAUCUUCUAGAGUCCCGGAUGAGGGCUGAAAUUGAUGAACUAGAUGCAACAAUAAGGGAGCUUCAAGACCAGAAUUCUUCCUUGCAGGAGAAUUUAGUGAAUGAAGAAACUGAGAAAUUGGUUGCUAUUAAAUCUUACGAAAAUGAAAGACAAACCAGGGUUGCAGUUGAGAAUUCUCAAGAUGCUCUGUCCUUGGACCUUCAAAGAGUUAACCAAGAGAAUAAACGUUUGAGCGACCAUGUACCUUAUUCCAUGGGUUUAAAUAAUGCAGUUCCUUGAUUAUCCAAU